AACGCUUUUUCUCGUCCACAAUUACAUAAAAUAGUAUUCCUCUUGGGCACUUAGUCGCAGGGGAAUUUCGGUCCUGGAAUUUUGUCGAAGAGAAAUUUGUUGAGAGAGAAAUUAUUGCAAGAAAAUUAUGUCCCAGAAAAUAAGUUGGAAUAACUAACAAUCACCCAGUUAGUUAGUAUAUGUGCUGUGUUGAAUUGUGUUGUUCUGCAGUUGUCAGUUCAAGAGAGAGAUAUACAAAUGUGAAUACUCCAAGGUUAAUUGUUUAUUUUUAAACAGUGAGGUGUGAAAAACUAAAAAGUGAGGAGUUUAUCAUUAAUGAGGGGAGCUAUUCAUGUUUUAACAAAUUUGAAGUUCGAUUACAUCGUCCCAAUGGGUUUGAGGUUACUCGUUGGGCAAAGGAGAAACUACUCGCUGUUGGCAUUCGUUCCAAAAUACCAGCCCCCAAAACCAGGUGACUUGACAAAGUUGUCAAAUUUUAUUGAAAACUCUGGGAGACUUUGCGUCCUGACUGGGGCUGGAGUGUCUACGGAGAGUGGUAUUCCAGACUAUCGAUCUCAAGGGGUUGGAUUAUAUGCUACAAGUAACAAGAGACCUGUUUUGUAUCAGGAUUUUAGAAAUAAGGAACCUAUCAGACGGAGGUAUUGGGCGAGGAAUUACAUAGGCUGGCCAAGAUUUUCGACUAUCCAACCGAACUUCACCCACAAGAUCCUGAAACAUCUAGAAGACCUUGGAAUAGUAAAUUGCAUCGUGACCCAAAAUGUGGACGGUCUUCACUGGAAAGCAGGCAGCAAAAACGUGAUAGAACUUCAUGGCACAGCAUUUACGGUAAUGUGCUUGAACUGUGAUAAAACAAUUAAACGACAUGAUUUCCAGAAAGUUCUCGAGGAGGCAAAUCCGUCGGUGACUUUGGUCACUAAGGCGGUCAGACCAGACGGCGAUGUUGAGCUCUCUGAAGAGCAAAUUCAGGAUUUUGUCCUACCUCCAUGUCAAAAUUGUGGUGGAGUUCUCAAACCAGAUAUUGUUUUCUUCGGAGAUAAUGUUCCUCGGGAUAUCGUUGAGAAUGUGCGAACUUCGGUAGAUAAUGCAGAUGCUCUGCUGGUGCUUGGGACGUCCUUAAGCACGUUCUCUGGGUAUAGAAUUAUCUUGCAAGCUGUUGACGCCAACAAGCCAAUUGUCAUUGUAAAUAUUGGGGAAUCACGAGGUGAUUCCCAUGCAAAUAUUAAGAUUGAGAGCAGCUGUGGGGAAGUUUUCGCAAAAAUAUUUCCUUCUUUUAUGUCUGGUGAAGCUAGAUAAUGAAAAUUACACGUAGGCAUCCUCAUGGAGGAGGGAUAUUUUAAUUGUUCUACUAUUGACACAAUUUAUCGGGAAUAAAUUUAUUAUUGAUAAUUAGUUUUGUUCAGUAAUAA